AUGGCUGCUGCAGCGAGCUCAUUCAUCAGUUUCCUAAUCAUUUCAGGUGGCAUGCUACUCUGGAAUCCCGGACCCUGUGCGGGGGUUCCGCAAGGACUAGCAGAUUACAGUGUUGUGAUACCUGCCGACGGCCUUACCGCAGAUGUGCGUUACGAUUUUUGGCUGAAGGCUAAUCAAACGUUUCAGAUCGUCGACCGAACAGCCGAUUUCAGUGCAAUGGUCGAGCCCCCGACUUUUUCCACGGAAGCAUAUGCUUAUGACAACCCCAACUGUGACCUCGGGCGUAAGGUCAGUUACAAGCAAGAAUUUUCGUUCGCGAGACCUGACCAUAUUUUCUGGAGAAGAGACGUCGACAGGGACGAGCUGGAUGGGAGAAAGUACACAUUUACUACUCCACCUGAUGAUGGUCUGGAAGAUCGCGUUGUCGAGUUCUGCCUUGUGGUCAGUGGGCCGCGGACGCACACAGACGGGCACGAUCCCAACAUUGUCUUUAGACGCCGACUCCAAGAUCAAGAGUUCUUCUUUGCCAGCGAACAUACCAUCACGAUUGUUCUCCACGCCGGCGCUCGGUCCAAGCUCUCAGGGAUUCUCUGUGGAACCUUUGGCGUGGCCGCCCUUUCCUUGCUGUCGAAUGCGUAA